AUGCAGGCUUCCCUGCCGUCCUGGAAGGACGCCGAAAAGAAGCAGAUUCAAAUACAGAUCCCAUGGAAAUCCCUACAGCUUCUCGUCCCUCACAGGCUGCGGCGCAGGCUGAGAUCAAAGCUCCGCAACCGAUCGUCACCUGCAUCCUCGCUCGCCUCCCUCAAGACUUCGUUCUCUCCUGCCGACACAUUACGGUCACUACAGAAUCAUAGAUGGUCGAUUUAUGACGGGCAAUGGCUGUUUCUCGCGGUGGUGGGCAUUUUUUCGCUGAGCAUCAUUGAGUACCCGGGUCCUUUGGUCAAGACGGCGGUCGCUACACUCCUCCUCGCCUCAUUCAUAUUUCCCGUUACUCGACAAUUCUUCCGACCCUUUACACCUAUUGCCGCAUACCUCAUUUUCUUCUAUGCCUGCAGAUUCAUCCCGGCUUCCUGGCGGCCUCCCAUCUGGGUCAAAGUCCUCCCCGCGCUCGAAAACAUUCUUUAUGGUGCCAACCUCAGCAAUAUCCUCUCCGCCCACAAGAAUACGGCCCUGGAUCUCAUGGCUUGGUUCCCCUAUGGACUGGGUCACUUUGGUGGUCCUUUCGUGGUUGCCGCCAUUAUUUUCGUCUUUGGUCCACCCACGACUCUUCCAGUCUUUGGAUUCAGCUUUGGGUACAUGAAUCUCGCCGGAGUCAUCAUCCAGGUCCUAUUUCCAUGUUCCGCUCCGUGGUACGAGAACAUGUACGGCCUGGCACCAGCCAACUACUCCAUGCAAGGCUCGCCCGCCGGUCUAGCUCGUAUUGAUGCAUUGCUCGGAAUCGAUAUGUAUACCUCUGGAUUUACCGCCUCUCCAAUGGUCUUUGGUGCCUUUCCGUCACUGCAUGCAGCGACCGCCACUCUCGAGGCGCUGUUCAUGAGCCACAUCUUUCCCCGAUACACCCCGCUGUGGGCGUUUUACGCGGCUUGGCUGUGGUGGUCAACCAUGUAUCUCUCGCAUCAUUACGCUGUGGAUCUGGUAGCUGGGAGCCUGAUGGCAGGUGUCAUCUUCUACUUCGCAAAGGCUAAGUUCCUGCCGAGACUUCAGCCUGACAAGCGGUACCGGUGGGACUACGACUACGUCGAGAUAGGUGAAGUCCAGAACGACUAUAGCUAUGGCAUUGCUGGCCUCGAUGGCAGCAGCCCCGACAGCGACGAGUGGACCAUCGGCUCCUCGUCCUCCAUUUCUUCCGGUUCGUUGAGCCCGACCGAGGAGAGCCCCAAGCCUUGGACGGACGCAUAUUCGAAUUACGAAAGAUGA